GUGAGAGAGAGAGAGAGAGAGAGAGAGAGAGUGUCUGGGAUUGUCUGUAGUCGCCGUGUCCUUACAUAUGUAAGGUUGAAGGGAAUUAAAUUGGGAUUGAACUCAGGAGAAGAAUCUCUCGGAUGGAUUUGAGCGGACGUGACUGAAGGAGCACCGGCGAUGACAAGGCGCUCUUGUAGCUGAUCAUCCCUAGAGGGUUUGACCGCCCUGGUUUAUGCCCCGCCCACCUCUCCUGCCCCUCCCCCACAACCCAACCGCCCUCCUAGAUUCUCCUACUGGUUUAUCUGGACCACGCGCUCUUUCUCCACCCCAAACUUCACCCAAACCAAGGAGCUCGGGGGCGUUCCGGACAAAGACCGAUUAAACAGAAAAGACUACGUGUUUUUAUUUAGUUAAUUUUUUCUUAAAUGGAUGAUUGAAGAAAACGAGAGGACGCAAACUAUUCGUGAGCGUCCGUAUUUAGCGGGGAAGAAACGGUACUGCGGACUGAAAGAGGACGCUUUUGGUCAGAGGAAGGAUCGCAGAAGGGUGGGCGUUUGUUGAUAAAGAAAUACUUCCUGUUUACAUUGAGCAUCGUCUUUCUAAGAGUACACGGCUCUACAUUUCACAGGAAACUGUAAGGGUUACACACACACACACACACACACACACACACUAUCACAUAAACCACUCCCACACGUCCCGGCCUCAGGAUGAUGUGCGAGGUGAUGCCCACUAUUUCGGAGGAUGGCCGUGGUGGAGGAGGAGGGGGCCCGUCCUCGCCUGCCGGGGGUGGGAGUGGCAUGGGAGGGGGCAUGGGGGGCAUCGGGGGCAGCUACGAGGGCGGCAGCACGGGCAACCUGGAGUCUCUGAUGGUGAACAUGCUGACGGAGAGAGAGCGCCUGCUGGAGAGCCUGAGAGAGACGCAGGAGAGUCUGGGGACGGCACAGCUCCGCCUCCGGGAACUGGGACACGAGAAAGACUCGCUCCAGAGACAGCUGUCCAUCGCCCUGCCUCAGGAGUUUGCUGUGUUGACCAAAGAGCUGAAUGUGUGUCGGGAGCAGCUGCUGGAGAGAGAGGAGGAGAUUGCAGAGCUCAAGGCGGAGAGGAACAACACACGGUUGUUGUUGGAGCAUUUGGAGUGUUUGGUGUCUCGUCAUGAGCGCUCUCUGAGGAUGACGGUGGUGAAGAGACAGGCUCAGUCUCCGGCCGGCGUCUCCAGCGAAGUCGAGGUGCUCAAAGCUCUCAAGUCUCUGUUCGAGCACCACAAGGCUCUGGAUGAGAAGGUGAGGGAGCGACUGCGUGUGGCUCUGGAGCGAGUGGCCGUCCUGGAGGAAGAGCUCGAAUCCUCGACCAACGAGGUUCUGACUCUGCGUGAUCAGAUCAAACGGCGUGAGCGUGGGCAGGACAACGGUAAAGAGCGCCUCCCGAACGGCCCGUCCUCCAUCUUGGAUGACGGAGAGAUCGACAGACAGAGGGAGGGAGAGAUUGAGCGGCAGAGGGCGGAGCUUUCACAGCUCAAAGAGCGACUGGCCCUCAUGUGCAGACAGGUUGGAGAGAUCGAGGAGCAGCUAACGGCUGCCAGAAGGGAGGUGACCAAGACUGAGGAGGCCAAUCAGAAGCUUCAGAGGGAGAUUAAAGAGGCUCUGUGUCAGAGAGAGGAUAUGGAGGAGAGAAUUACAACCUUAGAACGCAGGUACCUGAGCGCCCAGCGGGAGGCGACGUCUCUCCACGACAUCAAAGACAAGCUGGAGAAUGAACUGGCCAGUAAGGAGUCUCUGUACAGACAGAGUGAGGAGAAGAGCAGGCAGCUGCAGGAACGUCUGGAUGACGCCAAGCAGAAGCUCCAGCAGACGCUGCAGAGAGCCGAGACGCUGCCCGAGAUCGAGGCUCAACUCGCUCAGAGAGUGGCCGCUCUCAACAAGGCUGAGGAACGCCAUGGCAACUUCGAGGAGCGACUGCGACAGAUGGAGGCACAACUGGAGGAGAAGAACCAGGAGCUGCAGAGAGCGAGACAGAGGGAGCGGAUGAACGACGAACACAACAAGCGUCUCUCAGACACCGUGGACAAGCUGCUGUCCGAGUCGAACGAGCGCCUGCAGCUCCACCUGAAGGAGCGCAUGGCGGCUCUCGAGGAGAAGAACGCGCUGUCUGAGGAGCUCGCCAAUAUGAAGAAGAUCCAAGAUGAUCUGCUGGCAAACAAGGAUCAGCUGAUUGCGGAAUUGGAGAGGCUGCAGCUGGAACUGGAUCAGCUGAGGGGCAGGUCAAGCUCCUCCUACUCUCGCUCUCUUCCCGGAAGUGCUCUGGAGCUCAGGUACUCCCAGGGAGGCGGAUCUCUACCUGCUGGCUCCACCACUCACCUGGAUCACUAUGGCAGUACAGGCUCAGGGGGCGUGGUCAGACGGGCCCACCGUGGACGCUGGGGCGGAGCCAGAGAGGACGCCAGCAAAUACGGCGAAUGGGAGAGUGGCGCUUUGCUCGGCCCGGGUUUCGAGGGCGGAGUCGAAGGCGGCUGCUCCGAUGACGAUGAGGAUCGCGAGACGCUCUUCGGCUCUGAGCUGCUUUCUCCCAGCGGACAGACGGAUGUCCAGACGCUGGCCAUCAUGCUUCAGGAACAGCUGGAGGCCAUCAAUAAGGAGAUCAAGUUGAUUCAGGAGGAGAAGGAGAACACAGAGCUGAGGGCUGAGGAGAUCGAGAGCCGUGUGAGCAGCGUGGCUCUGGACGGACCCCCGGUUCCUCCGUCCUCUUUGGGAAGAGACGCCAGUGGCAGGACCUUCAUUACUCCGUCACUCACCUCUUCCACUCUGGCGUCCCCCUCUCCGCCCAGCUCGGGUCACUCCACCCCACGCCUGCCCCAUUCUCCGGCACGCGAGACCGACAGACAGAACAACAAGGAAGACGAUAGGUCCCUGGCCCUGCUGGACUCCACCCCUCCACCCACCCCUCGUGCGCUGCGAUUGGACAGAAUGAGCCACACCCACCCCGGAGCCAUGCUGGAUGACAGCCGCGAGUUCCGCAGUCUCUCGGCGGACGGCAGCAGCUCUAACAGCAGUCAGGAUUCCCUCCACAAGGCCAGCAAAAAGAAAAGCAUCAAGUCUUCCAUCGGUCGCCUGUUUGGAAAGAAGGAGAAGGGACGCAUGGGACAGCCAGGCCGCGAGUCCACUUCUUUGGCUUCCACUCCCUCUGAUGAUCUGGGCUCCGUUGACCCGCUCGGUCUCACCAAGAUGGCCGGACCGGUGGACAAGGACCGUCGCAGCAAGAAGAAGCACGAGCUGUUGGAGGAGGCGUGUCGUCAGGGGCUUCCCUUCGCCUCGUGGGACGGCCCCACCGUGGUGUCCUGGCUGGAGUUGUGGGUGGGCAUGCCGGCAUGGUACGUGGCAGCGUGUCGUGCUAACGUGAAGAGCGGAGCGAUCAUGGCUAAUCUGUCCGACACAGAGAUCCAACGUGAGAUCGGCAUCAGUAACCCGCUGCACCGCCUCAAACUGCGCCUCGCCAUCCAGGAGAUGGUGUCACUCACCAGCCCAUCUGCCCCAGCCAGCACCCGCUCUUCGACCAGUAAUGUGUGGAUGACGCACGCUGAAAUGGAGUCUCUCACUGCAGCCACCAAACCGGAGCUGAAGGAGUUCAGCUGGGAUCAGAUUCUGGCCUACGGUGAUAUGAAUCAUGAGUGGGUGGGGAACGAUUGGCUGCCCAGUCUGGGUCUGCCGCAGUACAGGAGCUACUUCAUGGAGUCUCUGGUGGACGCCCGCAUGCUGGACCACCUCACCAAGAAAGAGCUGCGUGGGCAACUCAAAAUGGUGGACAGCUUUCACAGGGUGAGCCUGCACUACGGCAUCAUGUGCCUGAAGCGUCUGAACUACGACCGGAAGGAGUUGGAGAGGAAGAGAGACGAGAGCCAACACCAGAAUAAAGAUGUGAUGGUUUGGUCGAACGAGCGCGUGAUGUGCUGGGUGCAGUCCAUCGGUCUGAAGGAAUUCGCAGAUAACCUGGCUGAGAGCGGAGUGCAUGGAGCUCUUCUCGCCCUGGACGACACCUUCGACUACACUGACCUGGCCCUGCUCCUUCAGAUACCCAACCAGAACACACAGGCACGCCAACUCCUGGAGAAGGAGUACAACUCCCUGAUCACCAUGGGAACCGAGAGGAGGCCGGAUGAGGACGGCACGAAGACGUUCACUCGCUCCCCGUCCUGGAGGAAGAUGUUUCGCGAGAAGGACCUGAGAGGAGUGACGUCAGACUCUUCGGAGACGCUGCCUGCUAACUUCCGCGCCUCGGCCAUCUCCACUCCAUCCGUGACCCUGCGGAAGGUUCAGAGCGAAGUGUCUCCGAGGGGCGAGUCAGCAUCAGUGAGAACGUACUCUUGCUGAAGGCCUCAAAAGGGGGCGCUGUGAGCACACGACUGGAAACUGUACGGCGAGAGGGGAAAAAAAAAAGCAAUGAUUAUAUACAUUUCGAAAACAUGGAGAGAGAGAGAGAGAGAGAAACCCCACUGGUCUGAACCAUUCUGCAAUAACAGAAGACGGAGCCGUGGCAAUCGGAAGAAGAUUUUAAAAAUUAAAAAUAAAAGAAAUAGAACUUAAGGAUUAAAGACGUGACGAAUGUAUGACGUAUGAGGACAAUGAGGACACUCAGACUGGCGUGGGACUGGAGGACUCUUUUUAUCUUUCGCUCUGUCGUUCUCUCGUCCCUUUUUUUCUCUGUGCCAUGAUGUCUCCGAGUCGUCGGUUUAAUCGAAACUGCCGCUUUCUCCCCCUGCUCCAUUCAUUUGGACCAACCCUGUGCACUCGUGCGCAUUUCGCCGGAUUGUACCACCUCAGAAAAAAAGGGGCCGUCUUUAUUAUAUUUGUUUUCUUCCUCGCCCAGGGUUUCUUUAUCGUUUUCCACCCAGACAGGAUGGAAGUUAGCGCAGACAGAAGGCAUCGUUACAGCAGAGCGAGUGCGAGUCAGAGGUUAUCCAUGACGGACAGCGGUAUCUCCGCUCCCGUCGUGCGAGGAACCUCGUGCCGAAAAGCGUUACGGGACUUCCCUCAAGGCGAAGCUUUUAUCUGCACUUUUUCAACAGAGAGCCGGUGUGUAAAAGAGCCGCAUGGAUGUCGAUUCGUAACUCGAUUAUGUAUGUUUUAAGCGAAAAAUCGAGACUUUAAGGCACGACAGAAGAGCAAAUAGAUGGGAAGAAAGAGGAAAAAAGAGAGGGAAAGAUAUAAAGAGAAGAAGGGGAUGUUUUAGAGAGGUAAGAACAUCCACAGCGUCCUCUUAGACGCGAUCACGCAAGCCAUAACAGAGGACGAAGAGCAAAGCGCUGAGGAAAAAAAAGAGAGUGAGAGAGAGAGAGAGAGCAAAACUAUAUGAGAACCGAAAGCGAAUCGUUUCUUCUGUGUUGCGAUGCAUGUCGAACAUCGAACAACGACUCAAACCUUUGGGGAAUAAGACAACGUGACAAUGUGAAUUCAAAAACGCAAAAUAAGUGUAUAUUAAUAUACGACGACAUCGAGAGCCUGGGGAACAAUUUGUAAAAUGUGUGUAUUUUCAUUUUUAUUUUUUUGAUUUUGUAUGAACUAUAUUUAUUUUCUUUAACGUAUGUAUCGAACAACUGUAUGUACAUGUUCAUUUAUUACCUAAUUCUGACCGUAAGUUUGAUUUUAUCUAGUUCAAAGCAUAAAUAUCUAAAAAAGGGGAAAAAAAAAAUUAUGAAAAAAAAAUGGUCAUAUGAAAGUAUGCUACUUGUAAUGUGUAAAAAAAAUUUUGAGGACAAACUUGUGUUAUGAUUUCAAACGAGACGUCGCCGACGCCGAGGAUGACGGCGACUCGGAUCGAACACGCCACCUGUGAAAUAAAAAGUCAUAAAGCCACUGACGAUAUAUAUAACGGAGGAUGUGAAAAUAAAAAUAAAGCGGUCCUGAACGGUACCUCAGGUCAUCUCGGUGUGUUUGUGAUCCGCUCAGAGGGACUCUAGAGCAUGUAUCGGGUUUCGUGUGUCGUGUGUGCGUACGUAAGUAUGUGUUCCGCUGUGUAAAUGACCGUUGUUGAUUCGCUGCAACCCUAAGACUGAGGACAUGUAUGUAUGUUUACAAAAAACAAAACAAAAAACAAAGGUAUUUGUACAUGUGCAAAUAUAUUCAUUAAGAAUUCAUGCUGCGUCUUUGCAUGCUUGUGUGUGUGUGUGUG